AUGAGAGUCAAAAAAUUUCCAGAAGAAACUAGGUAUUCGGAGGUGCAGAGCUUCUAUGAAGGUGAAGUAAUCUUUAUAACUGGUGCGACUGGAUUCCUUGGACAGACUCUCCUUGAGAAAUUGCUGCGGUCAUGCCCAGGCAUCAGGCGGAUUUACCUGUUGAUCCGCCCAAAUAAAAAUGAGAGUCCAGCAGAAAGACUGGAGCUUCUCUUAAGGUCAGAGUGCUUCAAGCGGUUGAAUCAAGAAUAUCCAGAGAGUUUGAACAAGGUUGUGGCCGUGCAAGGCAACCUCAAGGAGGAAAACUUAGGCUUGAAAUCCAGCGAAUACGAACGCCUCACUUCAGAAGUGUCCGUUGUCUUUCACAGCGCGGCAACCAUCAAGCUCAACGACACCUUAAGAAACGCUGUGAAGAUUAACAUGGAAGGUACAAAAAGUGUUCUGGACCUUUGCCAUAAGCUAAAAAGAAUGAAGGCCAUUGUGCACGUCUCAACAGCAUUCGUCAACUCCGAUCAUGACACGUUGGAGGAGCGACUGUACCCACCAACGGUAGAGACGGAUGACAUUAUCACGUUAACGAAAACAAUGGACGAGGUCGACCUUGCGAAACUAACACCUGAGCUGCUGGGAGCCAAACCGAACACUUACACCUUCACCAAGCAUCUGGCUGAGUGGAUCGUUGCAGAACAUGGCCGGGGCCUUCCCUUGGUCAUCGUCCGACCUUCCAUCGUGUCUGCUUCGUGGAGAGAACCAGUUCCGAAGUGUCCCUUCUGGUCACUGCUGAGUUGA